AUGCAAAUCUUCGUUCGUAACCUUGAGGGUUUGACAAAGACUCUGAAUGUCGACUCUCUCGACACUGUCGAGGCCGUAAAGUUCCAAGUACAAGAGCGAGAGGGAAUACCUGCUGAAGCUCUACGAUUGAUUCACUGUGGUCAUCAAUUGGAAGAUGGACACAUCUUGGCUGAUUAUUCCAUCGAAAAAGAAUCAACUCUACACGUCUUGCUGCGUUUACGAGGUGGUGUCAUUGAACCAUCGUUGAAGAUCCUGGCAUCAAAGUUCAACUGUGACAAGAUGAUUUGCCGCAAGUGUUACGCUCGAUUACCUCCUCGUGCCACUAACUGUAGAAAGAAGAAGUGUGGUCACUCCAACCAAUUGCGACCCAAGAAGAAGCUCAAGUAA